CCGCUUCUCCCCGGAGAGCUGCGUCCCCUCGCCGGCUGAGACAGCAGCCGAGGGCCGUCCCCGCUUCUUCCCCCUCCUCAGGGCGGGCGUUGGGGCCGCGGCCGCCGCCUCCCUCCCACCCGCCGGGGCUGGCCGGGGGUCGGCGCGCAGGGCCCAGGGGCUGCCGGCGGAUGAGCGCGGCCCGGCGGAGGCUGCGGAUGACCCGGGCGAAGGAGCUGGUGGCAUACUGCCUGCUCCUGGGGCUGUCCUUCCCCCUCCUGCUGCUGCUGCCGCUCCUCUGAGAUGCGCCGGGCGACGGCUCGGCCCCGCCGCGGGGGGACGGGCGGGAGGAGCCGGCGGGAGCCCCGCUCCGCUGCCCGGCGUGCGGCCGGCGGCGGCAGCAGCCCCAACGCCUGACGCCGCGGCGGGGGACGAUGAGGAGCUCGGGCGGGCUUUGCGGCGGUGCCACCCAGCCUGCGCGGGCGGGCGGGCUGCCUCUCGCCGCGGGGGGGUCCGGCCGCGGCCCCGGCCGCGCUCUGCCCCUGCGGGCGUGAUGCUUUCGCCGCCGCGAUCGCCGCUCCACAUCCACGGGUAAUGGGCCAGCGGCCGCGGGCACUGCCACCGCAGCCCCCUCAGCGCGGGACCGGCGCUCCGGGACCCUGACCCAGCCCCAGCGCCCGCCGGGCGGCGGCUGUAGCCGGGGCAGCUGCCGGCCAGGGCGCUCGCGUUGCUGCACAUCCGCCGCUCUGCGGGGCGGAGUGUGUCCCCGCCGGCUUGCCGUGCGGGGAGGCGGGCCGGGGGCCGGCUGAGAUGGGAGAGAGCAUGUCCAAGAGGCUGAAGCUGCAGCUGGGCGGCGAAGCGGAGAUGGAGGAGCGGGCUUUCGCUAACCCCUACCCCGAUUACCAGCCCCACGGAGCCGCGGCAGCCCCCAGCGCGGCGGACUCCCAGCGGGACAGGGCGCUGCUCCCGGCGGAGGACGAGUCCCUCCCCUUCGGCGCCGAUGGGAAGGUCAAUGCUCGGUUCUCAAAACGGAUCCAGGCAAAAAUCAAGGACCUUCUGCAACAAAUGGAGGAAGGGCUAAAGACAGCAGAUCCACAUGACUGCUCUGCCUAUACUGGCUGGACUGGUGAGAAAGCUUGAGUAUUGCCCCUCUUAUAUCUUCAACUGUUCCGCGUGACGAAAAACCAGAGCCAUUUGCAGCGAUCUCUUGAUUAUGUGAAGAGAAUCCUUCGCAAUCUGAACGGCAGAAGAGUCACUUUCCUCUGUGGUGAUGCUGGGCCAUUGGCAGUGGGUGCAGUGGUUUAUCACAAGCUGAAAAUCGACAGUGAGUCUAAAGAAUGUGUUGCCAGGUUGUUGCAGCUACACAGGACAGUCAUAAGCACAGAUGCUGAACUUCCAGAUGAGCUGCUCUAUGGCAGAGCAGGUUACCUGUAUGCCUUGCUGUACCUGAAUACUGAAAUUGGUCCAGACACUGUCCCACAGUCUGUUAUCAAGGAGGUAAUAGAUGCUAUUAUUGAAUCGGGGAAAAACUUCUCGAAGGAGGAGCGGAAGACAGACCGUUGUCCUCUGUUGUACCAGUGGCACAGGAAGCAAUACGUUGGGGCAGCCCAUGGAGUGGCUGGGAUCUAUUACAUGCUCAUGCAGCCAAUUGCAAAUGUGGACCAGGAGACCCUGACAGAGCUGGUGAAGCCAAGCAUUGACUAUGUGCGCCAUAAGAAGUUCAGAUCUGGGGAAUUACCCAUCGUCACUGACAAUGAGACUGACAGACUGGUUCACUGGUGCCAUGGUGCCCCUGGAGUCAUCCACAUGCUCAUGCAAGCUUACAAGGUCUUUAAAGAGGAUAAAUACUUGAAAGAUGCUAUGGAUUGUAGCGAUGUCAUCUGGCAGAGGAGGUUUAUUGAAAAAGGAUAUGGGAUCUGCCACGGUACAGCUGGCAAUGGCUACUCCUUCUUGUCUCUCUAUAACCUAACUCAGGACAAAAAGUACCUCUACCGAGCUUGCAAGUUUGCUGAAUGGUGUUUGGAGUAUGGUGCACAUGGAUGUCGUAUUCCUGACCGACCUUAUUCUCUCUUUGAAGGCAUGGCUGGAGCUAUUCACUUCCUCUCAGAUAUUUCAGUACCGGAGACUUCCCGGUUUCCAGCAUUUGAACUUGGACCUCAAAGGAGGGAAAACAAAGUGGAACAGGACAGCUAAAACAUCGUUUUGAAGGGAAACUGAUGCCAAAAGAGAUGAGACUGUUUAGUGCCUCUGAACCAACUCGACCCUGAACUGACGGAUGGAUAAACCCCUUUUCUCACCCACACCUGCCCCAGAGGACCAUGAAGUCAUUAGAGCAUGAAUGGGAGAAGCCACAUUUCAGUUCUGUUAAAGUGACAGCUUCAGACAUAGGACAAGAGAAGUCAAGUUUUGAACUUUCUCUCUACUGUUGUAUUCGUCUUCUUCAGGUCUCUGACAUGCUCUGCAUGUUUAUUGGUGUUGUGUGUUGACUCGAGUCUUUUGUUGUUAGCAAAAAGCUGGUCUCUGUGUGAAUCUCUGUCCUGUACCUUCGUGCAUGACUCACAACAGCAGUGUUGCCUUCUGCAGCGUGGUUAUCCAGAGAGCUCCACCUUGUGCCAGAGUUCGCUGCAGGACAGUGCCCAGCUUCACUGCUGAGCUGGCAGCUUCUAAAGAGAUGAAAAACAUGUUCAUGUUCAUAUUUUUCUGCAUUUUCUCCAUAGUUUCUAGAAGCUAAGGUGAUGGAGAACAGGUAAAGAGGUAUGUUUUCCGAUGGGUUCAAAGGGACAUGUUGUGGGAAGGUUUUGUUGAAAGCUUUAAAGAGAGGCUUCCUUUGGUACCUGUGCCUGGUUAGUGUGGUAGGCACUUAGAACACCUCCCCACCUCUGCAAAGCCCCAGCCCAUGGCAUGAGCUUAAACUGCAGGUGGAGUCACCCGUGGAAACCUCCCACUGCCACCAGCAGCAGAGCAGGGACAGCACUAACUGUGCUUCUCCUCCUGUACAUGGCUUUGUAAUAAACCUGUCCUGCAGCAAAUAGUAUAGAAUGAGUAAGGGAGGGUGUCAGCAGUUUCUCAUACUGGUAACUCAGGACGGCUGUGGCUUCUGAACCAAGGCAGUGAUUUGUUCUGGGCCAUUCCCUCCCUCUCCCAGCCCCACUGCAUUUAGCCCAUGUAGUAUGACAGGAGCGAUAAAUACCAGCUGCUUGUGGAGGCCACAGAAGAUGAAUGAGCACUAUGAAACCAUUUCUAGAGGCUGUAAUUGAUGUUUAUUUCAUCUUAAAAUCCAAACAGAAAAAGCCCUUUGCCCUUAGUUUUAACUGUGCUGCUAGUGCUUUGCUUCCUCUUGUAGUGUGGUGGGGUUGUGAAAUACUAGACCUGCCUCCCAGUGCUCCUGAGGCUCUUGGUUUGGGAGAAGUGGGACAUACUCUGAGUACACUUACAGCAGGCUUAUAUGUACCAGAUAGUAAAUAUACUUACUGCUUGAGAAAGGUAAGUAAGUGUGGUGUGCUCUCACUCGCUCAAGCUCUGUUGUCAUCCUUCCCCCAGGUCUCCCUGUGCUCUGUCAUUCCAGGUGCUUAUUUUAAUGGAUAUCUUCUGUCGGGUGCAAGUGUGACAGAUGACAGUUUGGCCUUUCAGGUGCCCAUCAGGAUAUAUGUGACCUGUGGGCCAUCUGCUGAGCUCCAGUGUUUGCAGACAGGCUUUGUUGCCUAAGUGACUUCCUUGAACCUUAAUAGAGUCUGUUCCCAAAUCCAUUGGGAUGUUAAUCAUCUCCACGUUCAGUUCUGCCGGAGCAGGGACAGCUUAAUGUCACAGUGUGACUCCUCUGCUGGUUUGUCAGGUAGGACUAAAACACCGGAGCAGCUUGGGCAAAGGGCAAGAGAUGAGGUGUGAGACACCAAACCUAGCUGCAUCUAUACAGCCUGGGGUGAGGGAAAAGGCAGCAGGAGCUCCAUGGCAAGGAGCUGGGGUGAGGCAGACCUGAGCAGAGCUGCAGCAAGCAAUGAGGGACAGAGAGAGCAAUGAGCAGAGUGAAACACCAGAGCCCAUCUCAAAUGACAUGUUCCUCCAUGGCAAAGGUCUGAUUCUGUGUUCUUUUUCUCAGCCUGUGCAUCACUGAUCGUGCCCAUAGGUAAAGCCCAGGGAGGAACCUUGCCCAGGGUGGUGUCUCUCAGAAAUUCUAACAAAGGAGGCAGAUGGCAGCUCUCAUCCUGUUUCACAUCACCUCACCCCUUAUUGUCUUUCCCCUCCACACCUGGGGUGGGUUAACAGGGGCUUGGGGCAAAUCCCAAGCAUGUGUUGUACUGACAGCUUCACUAGGGGGGGCAACAGGCAGCUGUUCAGCCAGUGACUGUAUAAAGAGAUAUAUAUACACACACACACAUUGGCUGCUGAGCUUGGAAUGGCACCUGUGGGAGGUGAUUUUGGCUGGUUGGAGCCCAGGGGAAUUAAAACUUGCUGGUUUAAAAAAUCCAUAGGUAUCAAUAUACUUAGAGACCUGCUCAGUAUUAAACUGUUCCAAGAUGCUUGAGUGUACCUGUCAAACUAAGGCACAAGUCAGCUAUCAGCUCUUUGUGUACCAUAGCCAGCCUUCUGCUGCGCUGGGGCACAGCCCUGACUUUCUCCAUAGAAUCCUCUUGGAAUUGAGCAAUAGUGGAAACGUAUUGAGUUGGGAAGCGUCUGACAAUGCGUCUGCCUCACGAUGUGACUUUCCCUGUGGCUACUCCUUCCUGUUCCUCACAGCGUUGCAGGAUCUGGGUACUAGUUAAGAAAGAAUAUUGUGUGAAGGUGAAAAAAUGCAUUUCACCAAGGCAUUGUUUUCAGAAAUCACAUCAAACUAAAAAUGUCUUAAUAUUCCCUGGUUUGCUUUGUCUGUGUGUAAUAGUCUUAUCUGUUGCAAAAAGCAGUAGUGUUAAUAAUGGAGAUGCUUUUUGGGCAGAAAAAGAGGAAAAAAAUGCUGAUGUUUUGUUCUUUGGCUUUAUUAGUAAAGAUCAAGCUGUGUGGUGGUAA